AUGAAUUCUGAGAAUACCGGGUUUGAAACGAAUGAGACUGUUUCUACAUUCCAAACCUCAAAUUCAAAAGAAUGGAAAAUGCGGCAUCAAUGUACCAUUAAUAUACCUCUGCAUCCUCUCACCCGUUUGACUUCCGAUCAGGCAACCAGCUCACAUCCGUCGCAUUAUCUCGCCUGUUUCAAAGUAGCAUCUGCAAGAAAGUCUUCUAAAGCAGGCCGUGCUUCUAAACCUGGUGCUCCAGGUGAAUGA